GUGUUGGCGUCGUCUGAAAGAUUUACUUCGUCUCGAACUGGUUUGAUACGAGAGUUAAAGCGCUUUGGUUAACCUAGGCUUCUAAGAUCAUCCGGUAUGACCUUAAUUUGGGGAAAAUCCUGUAGGGUGUGUGGAAACACGGCAAACGAAGGAGACUACUGCGAACGGUUUGUGUAUUUUGCUUUUAUCCUUCUUCGAGCGGUAUUUUAAAAGAAAUUUACUAGAAUUGAAUAAAUUCGUUAUAUUCAUAACGUUCACUAUCAGCGAGGUACUUAAACGGCAAUUCAUUUUGUUUUGCGAACGAUCCAAGAAACCUAAGCAACCAUUUCUACCUCAUUAACUUCAUGAUCAAUAUUUAUCCGCUGGCGACUAUGGGAUUCGAAAUCAGCUCUCAGGAGGUGGGAUUUUCUUGUGAAUUUUUCUCUUUUAGGACCAUAUCAUGAUUAGAAACAAUAAAACUGAAUCAAGAAUACUUUGAAAGACUUGACUUUGUGUUUCAGUUGUAUGUGGAUCAAUAUUGCUGAUGUUUUCGUACUUUUCUUUCCCGGAAAUCUAUUUUAAAUUCGUUUUCGUUUUUUGCCGCUAGGCAAAUUUGAGGUGCAGUUGGAACAAGUUUGUUCGUUUCGAUUCUUCUUUGCCAGGAAUAAAUUGGUUUUGGUUUUUCUAGACUUACAACGAAAUUUUUUGCACAAAAGGCAGCCAAAACUGUUUCCUGCAUUAUAAGUUUGCGCCGAGAAAACUCGGUUUUUUGUUAGCAUGUUAUGCAUGGUAGGUCUCCAUUUCUUGGAAGAUCACGACGAUGAAAGCUGUUAUUUGUAUGCAAGCAUUAAUCGAAAGCGUUGAAGUGGUGGAAGGCAACGUUAAUGACAGAUUCUUGUUCCAAAACCGGAAACACUUUCACUAGAAGCAUAACGAGACCACAAAAUAACUAAAAGCUUGAAGAUUCGUAGUGACUUUCCGAGUAAUUCAGAACAGAAAGAUAAAAGAAUUUGAUGUUUAAUGAUUUGUUUAUUGGAAAUUCUUGGAAAUCUUGCGCAACACAAAUAUGACACGAAUGAACGUAUGUCCGCGUGUAGCUGGAUAAUUCUGCAAUGUGGCGAUCACUUUUAUUUCUAAAAAUCUUGCAUUUGCUUGGUAGAUGUAACUUAUUUUGAGAACUGAGUGUUCUACCGAAGAAAUGCCAAACUGACUUCUUUCUCCCGGUGAAUUAUUUCAAUAUUGCUGAUGUUAUCGUACCUUUCUUUCCCGGAAAUCUAUUUUGAAAUUAGUUUCGUUUUGAAAGCCGCUAGGCCAAUUUGAGGUGUAGUUGGAAGAAGUUUAAAGUCUAAACUUACAAUGAAAGCUUUUGCACCAAAGGCAGCUGAAACUCUUUCCUGCAUUUUAAGUUUGCGCUGAGAAAAUUCGGUUUUUUGCUUUGUUUCCAAAACUGACUACACUUUCACUAAAAGCAUAACGAGACCACAAAAUAACUUAAGGCUGAAAAUUCGUAUUGAGACACUCACAUGACUUUCCGAGUAGUUCAAAACAUAAAGAUGUAAGCUGGAAAGAGAGUUUUAAUUAAUACGCAAACUUAGGCAAUCCUUUUAAUGUUUAUAAAUACGGAAAAUGUAUUGUGUGAUUCUUGGAAAUCUUGCGCGAUAGAAAUAUGAAAGGAAUGAGCGUAUGUCUGCGUAGCUGAAAAAUUCUGAAAUCUAGUGAUCAGUUUUAUUUCUAAAAACCUUGCAUUUGUUUUGUAGAUGUAGCUUAUUUUGAGAACUGAGUGUUUCAGCAAAGUAGUUGAAAAAAGUGGGCUCUGGCGCAUUUCGUGUCCAACAAUAUAUAGACGUAAUUUUUUUUAAGAAAUCGUGUCUUUUGAAAUAAUGAAGAAGCGUCGUCAAUGCAAACAAGAUAAAGCUGAACAAUUCUUUACAAAAGUACUUGUUGUUUAUGAGAAGCUUCCUUGAUACACGUUAAGGUACUUCAAACUUACGGGGGCAAGUUUUGAAAAAGACCGAAAGAAAUUUCGGGAAAAAAUGUCAGAAUCAUUGAAGUUAACCGAUUAUUCACAGGCGCGCGCUUGUUUUGAUGAGAGGCUUUUUUUGAAACAAAAUUCACCUGUCUUAUUUAUUUUACAAAAGCCCACGUAAAGACGUCAGAGUUGUCAGGGAAACGUUUGAAUAUUACUGUUCACAAAAUCGUUCACCGUUGGACUCUUCAAUGAGCGAAGAAAGACGAAUGGGCUACUUCGGGGUUAAGAAGAAAAUUAACAUGCGGGCAGUGUACUCUGCAGGUGCUCCCGCAAUAAUCCCAAUUCCAUUCAGAGAAACCGCCAUACCGCUUGUUGACAAUACAGCCGACCUUACUCCUGUCACAGUGUAUGUUGUGUGACAGGCGAUCUAGUUUUCUUCAAUUUGCCAAGGACACACACGUCGAUAAUGAGUAAUGUCAUUAGGCUCCUUCUAGCAAUCAGAAAUCAUCUCCAACCUGAAUUUUUCAGGUAUUAUAAUUGGAUAAAUCGGCGGUGCGCUUGGCUGAUGGCUUAGGCCGACUCGAAGAGCUUACCGCUCCGCGGCCUAAGCCUUAGGGCUUGGGUCACUUUGCGGCCCCUGGCUCAAAGAGCUUGCCGCUCUGCGGCGCAGCCCCUGGCUCAAAGAGCUUCGCAAAAUAUAUUAAUCAAACAUUUUUAAAUCAUUAAAUUAUCUGUAAUUCAAGCCUCAUUGGCUUACUAUUGAAACGGAUUAUAUCGAUUAUAUUCUCAUCAGUGACGAAAAUUCGUAUGGAUGCGAUAUCAUUCCUUGGGGUUAUUUUUUGGUAACACAGGAUUCGGUAGAGAAUAAUUUAUCCUUUCAAACUAACUCUUCGCAAUGUCAAAGCACCCAAGAAUGCUUGAGGGUUCCCCAAGUCCAGCUUUCUCAUGUCCCCGUUCACUGUCGUUAUUGGAAUGUAUUCACCUGAUGGCCUUCCGUGCGACGAAGCUUUGCUCGAGGUGAAAAGGUUCAGUCUCAGCACACAAUGUAAGAGAAAUCGAUCAGAUUGUCCGCGAAAAUCUUACCCAAACAAACAAGGCGAGCAACUGAGCUUCUUCUACAUCUCCGUGUUAAAACACACGAAAGGACUCUAAAGCAUACUUCACUCUGACUAGGCGGAAACACAAAGAUUUUCUGGCACCGAUCAGAUACCAGAACGACUGCGACCGUUUGGAACUAGUCUUGUAAGACAAUGUCCCCGGGGGCUCUUCCGCCCUGACGUGAAAUCGACUCACAGCCCCUGGGUCUCCGAGGAUGGAGAUGAACUUCAAACAGGGAAAGAGAUCAACCGAAUGGGUGAAGGGACUUCCAGAAGUUGCAAUGAGUUUGAAUAGUGAAGAGACAAGAUUGACGGCAGAGAAGCUUGUGGAUGCCAUCAAAGAGAAGGUGGUUGACGCAAAGAGUUCCAUGACUUAUUCAAGACCAGUUGGCCUGAAGGAAAAGAGAAUCUACUCUUCGAAGAAUGUGAGAUAUCUCUAUGCUGCCGAUGAGCUGGAAGGUGGUCAAAGAAGAGCCACAGAUCCAAUCUGAAGGUCUUCAAUAUUUAAAAAUCACUUGUGAAUAAAGGCAAGCCUGUUCUCUGCUAUCUGAAAGAUGGACCCAAAUGUGGUUUCGUCAGAGCAGAGCUUCAGUUCGUUCCUCUUGGAAGUGAGUUACCUCCUGAAAGAACUCGUUGAUUUGAAAAAACUAUUAAAAAUUAAUCAGCACCCCCAUUGUUCAAGGGAAUAGUAUUCAAACCUUCUUCAGAACUCACGAGUGAGACAUUAUAAACCUGUGAAAAAUUCAAGUUGCUUUCAAAUCAAGGUUGUUUUCAAAAUGCACCACAACUGUUUUUUUUUAAGUCAAGGUUGUUUUCAAUAUGAUUUCGAGGUAAAAAAUUCAUGAGUUGCAUCGAAAUAAAGGUUGUUUUCAAAACGCACUAGAACCCACUUUAAAGUCAAGGUUAAAUCAACCUUGUUUUCCGAGGUUAAAUUCAUGUGUUGCCUUGAAAUCAAGGUUAGAUUUUUUUAUUUAUUCAAUUCUCAGUAAUAAAAUGAUCAACAAUCCAAACCAGUUGAAAAGAUUUCGAUAACUUCCCAGCCUCAAAUCAUCUAUAACCAAAGCAUCUCGUACCAAUCCCUUAAUAAUCUCCUCUCGCCAAAAUUCAGGAAUGUCCCUAUGUAGUGGUGGUGGUACUUCUCUUGAGUGCCAUACUUUCAAGUUACCAUCACUAACAAGUUUCGGAUACUUAUCAUCUGUGGUGAAUAACUUUGUACACUUAGACACAUAAUAAUCAUAAGAUGGAGAUAUCUCCUCUGUAGUAGGUUGACGCUUAAUUUUUCUUUUCGAGAAUGCUCUACAGUCUUUACAACCUCCUUUACCUUUUGCAAAGAAUUUUUCAGCGCUAUCUUGUUUGCAUUGACGACACUUAUUCAUUAUUUUUUAGAGACACGAUUUUUGAAAAAAAUUAUGUCUAUGUAUUGUUGGACACGAAAUGCGCCAGAACCCACUUUUUGAACAGCUAGCAAAGAAAUGCCAAACUGAAAUUUCUCAAAGCGGACAAAAGUUGACAAUUCUUGGAAAUGCCGAGCUAAACUGAAUUUCUCAACGACAACCAAAGUCAAUAAAUCUUGGAAAUGCCGAACUAAAAUGUUCCAACCUCAACAAAAGUUAAUAACUCUUGGAAAUACCAAGCUAAAAUUUCUUAGCGUCAACAAAAAUUGUCGAUUCUUUACGCGAGUCCUAGAUAACGAGCAUAGCAUAUCAUCUAAUUUAGGAAGUCAAGGGGAGAGAUAAAAUUUCGUUUAUUUUUGCAAAGUAUCAGUUUUCGUACUCGAAAAUAUUACAGACGAUUCUAGAUUUUCAGAUGAAACAGACUGAGUCUCCCUCGCGGCAGUUCUGUGGGUUAGUACGUAUCUCUUACCCGGACGCUAACCCCAAUUCACUUAGGGGAGCGUAGCAUAAUAUCCCAAGGAAAGGCGGCUAAGGAGACAAGAACACCACGAGAAUAUAAGUGAAAAAUCGUCUACAUGCGGAUCUUCGUCACCCAGUCAACCAAUGCCGUGUUCAGUUAACAAUCACCUCAUAGUUAUUAAGUUUUGAAACACUUUUUUUUUUAAAUUUUCUAUUCCAGAUGUUACGAACGGCAAUUUCCGGUGUGUGAAUACUGCGAUAAGCCAAUACGUGAUGGCGAGGAAAAGUUUGGCAAUUGUCACAAGAAACCGUGAGUAAAUGUUCCUUUGCGGUGAUGUUUCCUCUUGCACCGUAGGAUCAUGGGAACGAGAUUGAAAUUGUGUUGGGUAAAAUAGACUGUACAUGAGGCAAAAGGCCCAUCUUGGGAACACUUUUCCCUCUUUUUCACUCUUUCAAUAUUUAUUUAAUGUUUAGAUGUUACAGCAACAUGACCAAGAAGUGUUGCAAAUGUGGUGACAAAGCAGACAAAGGUUUUUAUUGCAAAAGGUAUGUAGCCGAAACUCAACAAACCGUGAACACCGAAACUAUUUAUGGAAUGUUAUAGGAAAAAGGCAACCACUCGCGAGAAAACUUAAUCGCAAACGGUAACGGUAUUUAGUUUGAGGUUUUUGUCGAGUUUGCUUGCUUAACUUUAUUGCAAUUGGUCACUACAAGAUUAUCCAGUCAGUAUCAAACGAGAAUGUUUACGGAGACUUAAUAACAAAUAUAGGAAGAUCUUAACUUUUGUCGCGAAAUGGAGGCAAAAUGCACGGAACUUUCCUUGUGGAUUCGUACCCUAGCCCGGCAGUUCGGAUUUAGUUUUCUACCACCCAGGCUACGCGAAAGUUGUUGAAGAAAUGAGCCAUGUGCUUUAGUGGCCCAUUUCUCGUGGCUCCAUAUUUUGGUCUAAUCAGCUGUUGAUGGGAGCUGUUAUUGAACAUUUCGACCUUCAUUUUGCGACGCUCAGUGGAAGAUUGUUCAUUGUAAAGUUACCCCUCUCACCCCUCUUUUUCUUAAAUGGUUCUAAAUAUACUUGCAGUUGCUAUGAGGCAGAGCACCCACCACCUGCCACAGUUGAAUAUUCGACGAAAGGAACAAACGCUAACUUUAAAAUAAGGGGGAAUCAGGAAAUAGUUGAAUCUGCCAUGCAUUCACUGGGCCAAGGAAUAGCUGAUGGAUUCACUCGUGGAAGGCAGCGAUACAACGCACUUUCUGAAGAGUAAGUUCUUUGAAGUUGGAAUUAUUCCAUGGCUAAGCAGAAAAGUAAAGAACUUGCAGCUAAUCCGAGAAACGCUCUUUAUCUCGCUCGACAUUUACUCACUGGGAAGCGAAAGGCCAUAAAAAGUUCAAACGGAAUAUUUGUUAAAUUUAGUAUAACUCUUUUAAGAAGAGGAGCAAGUACUAGCCAUCCUGUUAGGUAGUUAGUGUACUAGUACAAAACUGCAAAGAGUCUCUUCUAAAGGGGCGCAAAGGAUUCUGGUGGAAUGUUAAAAUAGCUUAUCAAUUAAUGACUCGCAUCAAAUUGUCCUCAACAAAUAAUAGUUGAACAACUGUAACAUAAUAUAAAUAUUCGAGUGAGUUGGGGAUGUGAUUGGGGGGUUACGUGGCUUUUGCUUUGGUCACGAAAACUUGCACCAACUUCACAACCAAUCACAUGGAAACCCAAAACAAUUGCGACUUGGACACUUGUGUUCACAGUCUCGCCCGUUUCCCAUGGUUCCGUGCGGAAUUUUGUUUUGCUCAAAUCAGCUGUUGCAAGAGAAAACAAUGUCCUAUUGUUUUCUCAUGGCUGUCGUAAAUACUUUGAUCUUAAGUUGAAGUUCGGUCAUUUUCAAUUUAUCCUAUUCGCAACUCUUUUGCUUCAAUGGCUCUAAAUAUAAUUGCAGGUCGAUUAUGCCGCCACCAUCGGAGAAGGACAACAGUUCACGACGUUCUUACUCAGCCAAGGUGGUAUUUCACUCCCAGUAGGAAACGAAAGACCUUCAAAAGUUCAGAAUAAAAUUUACGAUAAAUUCACUGUAAUUCUUUUUAGAUCUAACUUGAUUGAUCUAGUUAUUGGGCAUUUUCAUUUGAACUGACUCGUUAGUUUCUAAUAGUUGUAAUGGUGCUGUAGUAAAAGAAAUAAAGAUCAUUUGUGUCCGAGGGCUUCGUUUGAUAAGUUACUGAUUUAUCAGAGAUUAAUUUAGGGUUCAAACAGUUUCUCUUUCACAGCUUUGAACGGAUCGUGCAAACAAAAAAAUAUAAGAUAAGUCAUCUAAAGAAAAUGAAA